UCGUAGUUGAGAAUUAUCUCGAGUUUCUCAAAGCGGCUGUGUUGAGUUCAGUCUUGCCACGACAAAGUAAUGAAUUGUCAAGAGGGGGUCAACCAUGGAGGGAGUUCUCUAUAAAUGGACCAACUAUAUUAGUGGUUGGCAGCCACGUUGGUUCGUUCUUGAGGGAGGGACUCUUUCCUAUUAUGACUCUCAAGAAGAUGCUUGGAAAGGAUGCAAAGGGAGCAUCAAAAUAUCUGUGUGUGAAAUACAAGUUCACCCAUCAGAUUUCACGAGGCUUGAUCUGAUCAUUCCAGGAGAACAAUACUUUUACCUCAGGGCAAUUAAUGCAGCAGAGAGGCAGAAAUGGCUUGUGGCAUUAGGGACUGCGAAAGCCUGUCUCACAGACAACCGAACCAAGAGAGAGAAGGAGCUCCAGGAAAACACAGAGGCUCUGAAAACAAAAAUGUCAGAGCUGAGGCUUUACUGUGAUCUCCUCCUUCAGCAAGUGAACAAAAUACAAGAAAGCCCUCUAGCAGAGACGUCAGCUGGUUCUGGUGAGGAAGGGGAUGAGACUGGAAAUCUAGUGAAGUCCACAUGCACCACCUUCUUGAAGACCCUGGAAGAGUGUAUGCAGAUUGCUAGUCGGACUUUCAAUCCAGACCUUCUCAGUCGAACCCCUCCGGGCUCUCCUCCUGUGGCUACCAUCAAACCUCAGAAGAUCAAAUCUAAUGAUCCCAGAAAUCUGCAUUCAGGAGAAACACGAAAGGACUUAAUAAACACCUCAGGAACAUCAGCACAUGAGAGUGGACCAGAUAAUGAACCACCUCCAUCUCCUCAUGAAAACAUACGGACACCUCACACAGAAAGUAGUUUAAUGGAGGACCAAGAGGAUCACAUUGAGCCUCAUAAUGGCUCUUCAUCAAGCACACAGGACCAUGAAGAACCUGCUGAAGAGCAAGAGAAGGACCGAUCGAUAGAAGAUGCAGACCACAGCCAAGAAGAACAACAGGAAGUCUCCAUGAGCCACACACAGAACAAAAAAGAAGUCCAAGAAGACAUCCAGGUUGACCUAGAAGUGAAUAAACCCCAGUCAGAGAACAAACAGGAAGGGGAAGAUGAAGAUAAGGUGGACACAUUCUUCAGUACCAUGAGCCACAGAUUUAGUGAUAUAAUACUGGAGGAGGAGAGGGGUAUUCCCACACAGGCCUUUUUGGAUUCUUGCUAUGCUAUAGUACCAGUUUUAGACAAGCUUGGGCCAACUGUCUUUGCUCCAGUUAAAAUAGAUUUUGUUGGUAACAUCAAGAAAAUCCAGCAGAAGGUGGUGUCAGAUCCAGAGAGUUUCCCCACCUUACAGAGCAUUGUGCUGCAUGAGGUGAAAACGGAGGUGGCACAUGUGCGAAACUCAGCCACAGAGGCGCUCCUGUGGCUUAAACGUGGACUCAAGUUCCUUAAAGAAUUCCUCUCUGAAAUCAACACGGGGAUGAAGGACGUCCAAGGGGCUCUUUAUAAUGCAUAUGGAAAGACACUACGGCAGUAUCAUGGAUGGGUUGUUCGAGGCGUUUUUGCACUCGCUCUUAGGGCUGCGCCUUCCUACGAGGGCUUUAUGGCUGCUCUGGUGUCUUAUGAAGGAGACGAGCUGAAGGAAGGCUUCACAACCGGGAUGCAUCGAGACCUGGACGUCUACCUGCCGGCUAUGGAGAACCAGCUCUCCAUCCUGGAUGCUCUCUAUGAAGAAUACGGCUUGGAGUCAGAUGAGAUUGUGUGACCAACACAAACGCACAGUGAAACAAAUCCUGCAUCUGACAGAGCUCAGCGGUUUCAGGAGUUUAACCGCUCUGGGGUAACCGAAAAACUAAGUUAGUGUUGAAGAAGACGAUGAGGUUUCUGCAAGAGAUUAACAGUAGGAUUGUGUUUGUAAAUGUGGCAUCAUUAACAGUCAUUCCGGAAGAAUUUGAGCAGCCGCAUCAAAAAAAAUUAUGACAGAUGAAGGAGCGUUUUGAUUCCAAGUGUUUUCAGGGAGCAGCUGUAUUUUUUUAGAAACCUUUAAGUGUUUUGUUGACAUUGGUUGUAGGUCUUUUCAUAAGCGUGUAGGCAUCAAAUGGCAGAUAUGGUGAAGAUUUUGUUUGGCUGGCAGUAAAGGUGUUAGUCUCAGUAUCUUUAUUCAUGGUAAAAGUGCAAGAGCGCCUUGUAUUACGUUUCUUCCGAUCUUCACGUUUCAUUCGUUUUAGGCUAGCACAAAAUGGAGGCAUGCAGAGGCUUUUGAGAAUCACAAAAAAAAGUAAUUCAUGAAAAAAAAAAUGCUUAUGUUAAAGGAACACUCUGCUUUGAUUUGGAAAUAGGCUUAACUCCCUAGAUUUUAAAAGUUGAAUUUUACUAUUUUUAAGCCAUUCAGCUUAAUUCUGGGUCUGGCUGAAGCUCUUAGUUUAGCAUUAAUGGUUAGAACAUUAGCAUCUCGUUUAUUAAAAAAAAAAAAAGAGUUUUGAAAUAUUUGCUAUUUCAAAUUUGACAGUUUUGUACUUAUAUUUUGUAAUAAUACUAACGGAAAAUUAAAAGUUGUUAUUUUAUAGACCAGUGUUUCUCAACCACAUUCCUGGAGGAUCACCAAUACUGCAUGUUUUGGAUGUCUUCUUGGUCUGUUACACCCAUUACAGUUCUUUCAGUCUCUGCUAAUGAGUUGAUGUUCAGGUGUGAAUCGGGUGUGGUUGGUUAAGGAGACGUGGAAAAUGUGCAGAGCUGGUGGUCCUACAGGGACAUGGUUGAGAAACAUUGUUUUAGACCAAUAUGGCUAGGAACUAUACCCUCAUUCUGGUUUAAUGGUCAAGGAGCUUUGCUGCCAUACAAUAGCUGCAGCCUGCGCAAUUAUUUUAUUGAUAUUAUUAUUAAUUAUAUAAUUGCCCCAUCUGCAGCCAUGGUAUGGCAGCAAAGUUCACUGGUUUCUUAAACCAGAAUAAGAGCAGAGUUCCUAGCCAAAAAAUAGCAACUUUUCAUUUUCUUAGCCUUAGUAUGCGAUGUAACAACAGAAGAUUCAAGUAUUUGUUAUCAGAAGAUUAAAGCAAAAAUGAUAAACUCUCUCUGGAUUUUUAAACAUUUUUUAGGGAGAUGCUAAUGGUCUAAUCCAAUUCAAUAAUUUAUGCUAAGCUAAGAUAAAAAGUCUCUCACCAGACCUUGAGAUUGGCUGAAAAAAAUGGUAAAACUGAACUGUUUACGCUAGGUGAGUUGUCAAAUGAGACUUUUUUUUUUUUUUUUUUUAAGUGGAAAUAGUAUGGGCUAUUUUUUGCAGUGUGAUCUUUCAACAUUCACAAUUCAGGAUUCACAGCAAGAUCAGUUUGGUUGGAGGGACCAAAAGAGUUUUUGAUUUCCUGAAGAAGAAAAAAUGUAAAAAUGUUUCCCUAGCGACUUUAUUUAUUGACUUAUUUAUAUGAAUAUCAAUUCUAACUUUUGAUUUUUCUACAAGAAUCACACUGUGCUCAUUAUCCGAUCAUAUGAUUAAUGCCAAUUUGUGCAUGUUGCAUUGCAUGGGUUUUGUUUUUAUAUUUUCAAAGUAAUACAGAUUUGUAUUGCUAAAUGAUUAGCAGAUGAUGACUGUUCUCCUAGGUUCACUUUUGAAUCUAUUUGCAUUCCAUAAGUUUUGAACUUAAUUCCAACUAGCAGUUUUAUAUUUAUAAAUAGGUUCUUAUAACCUUGCCACAUUUCUGUUUAAUUGAAUUUUGGCUUAACUGUUAUUAUUAAAUGCAGUGUGUACUUUAAAAUGGACAGCUGACAUAAAAUAAUCAUAAUAUUGUAAUUAGAUGAAGCCCUGAGAUGCCAGAAAAAAAAACUGGUGGAGCAGUUUUGAACGAAAACAAAAAACUUUCCAGAAAAGAGGAAUGUUAAUAGUCAGAAUGAGACAUUUUUCAAAACAUCUUUGAAGGUAGUGAGUAACUCACUUUUGUUUGUUUGUUUGUUAACUGAGGAAUAUUAAUAAGAUUUCAUUUAAAAAGCAGACAUGGCAGAAGUGAUUUUACCUUUAGGAAUAGCACACACAGGAUCCAUGUUGCCAUUCACAAGUAUUAAAAUGUCUAUAUGCUAUGCAUUUUUUAUAUAUGUAUUUACUAAUUGUAAUUUUAAAGUCUUAUGUCAUUUAUAACAAA